AUGGUGAACAUUACCAUAAAUAAUCAAUUUGGCGACAGCCAGCCGGCUACGCUGUCUCUGACGAACAUCUCGGACGACAUUACGUUGUCUAGUAUCUGCAUCCUCAUCGACAACCAGUUCAAGUGUCUGAAAAAAGAUUACAACGAUGAGCGGGACCCUUGCGAGAAAUUCGUCCUGUACUCCGGUAACAAGGCGCUGGACAACCAAUGCCAGUUGCGCGAGUACAACCCUGUGGGUCUCCCGGAGAUCACGUUCUACCUGUACGAGCGCAGCUUCCUGAACAUCACUGUGAAGGUCGUGAAGCAUGUGGAGUGCUGCGGCCUGUUCUGCAGCCCGCUGCUCAGCAACAUCUUCGCCCAAAAGUACUCGUUCACGCUGCUCGACCAGGAGACCGUGCUGGAGCUCAAGCACAACGUGCUCGGGAAGCUCACUUCCUAUGUGAACAGCCGCGGUGAAAGCCUCACCCUGGAGGACUUGCGUUUAGUGAACAAGAAGAUGGUCAUCGAAGACAACUUGAUGGUGUUGAAGGACCUCAACAACGGAAAGGACGCUUCGCUGUUGCUUUUGGUGCCGAUGGGGUACCGCAACAAUCCCGUGGCGCGCGCCUCUGUUGUCGCCGAGCCCGUGAAGGACGACGAGGGCACCAAGGCAACAGCGUCCCUUGAAAGGUCCCCCACUCCCAGAUGCGUAUCGCCCGUCCCCGAGCCUGUGGAGGCAGAGCCCAAGCAAGAAGAAUAA